AUGGAAAAAGGAAGUAUCAGAGGCUUCUUCUUCUUCUUCCUCCUCCUCUCUCUCUCUCUCUCUCAGGUGGGCAACUACCUGCGGAUGUUCCGCGGCUCCCUCUACAAGCGCUACCCUUCGCUCUGGCGGCGCCUGGCCACCGUCGAGGAGCGCAAGAAGAUCGUCGCCUCCUCCCACGAGUCCCAGCGGAGCCACAGUCCCCGGAGAUAUCACGGUUACACCACACUAGCAACCAGCGUGACUCUGCUGAAAGCUUCAGAAGUCGAAGAGAUCUUGGAUGGGAAUGACGAAAAGUACAAAGCCGUCUCCAUCAGCACAGAGCCCCCCACUUACCUCAGAGAGCAGAAGGCGAAAAGGAACAGCCAAUGGGUCCCAACCCUCCCGAAUAGCUCCCAUCACCUGGAUGCUGUGCCGUGCUCAACUACCAUCAACCGAAACCGGAUGGGCCGGGACAAAAAGAGGACCUUCCCCCUUUGCUUUGAUGACCAUGACCCAGCUGUGAUCCAUGAGAAUGCCUCUCAGCCAGAGGUGCUGGUACCAAUCCGAUUGGACAUGGAAAUCGACGGGCAGAAACUGAGAGACGCUUUUACCUGGAAUAUGAAUGAGAAACUAAUGACUCCCGAAAUGUUUUCGGAGAUUCUCUGUGAUGACCUGGACUUGAACCCUCUCACGUUUGUGCCUGCCAUUGCGUCAGCCAUACGACAGCAGAUUGAAUCCUACCCAACUGACAGCAUCUUGGAGGACCAGUCUGAUCAGCGUGUCAUCAUUAAGCUCAAUAUCCACGUAGGGAACAUCUCCCUGGUGGACCAGUUUGAGUGGGACAUGUCCGAGAAGGAGAACUCCCCAGAGAAGUUUGCCCUGAAGCUGUGCUCAGAGCUGGGGCUGGGUGGCGAGUUUGUCACCACCAUUGCGUACAGUAUCCGGGGGCAACUGAGCUGGCAUCAGAAGACGUAUGCGUUCAGUGAAAACCCACUGCCGACAGUGGAGAUUGCUAUUCGUAAUACUGGUGAUGCUGACCAGUGGUGCCCUCUGCUCGAAACACUGACAGACGCAGAGAUGGAGAAGAAAAUCCGGGACCAAGACAGAAACACGAGGCGCAUGAGGCGUUUGGCCAACACAGCUCCAGCCUGGUAGCUCUCCUGAAGUGGCAAAGGUGUCCCACCUCCAGAUGGUCUUCUUGAAGGACUGAAUAAGGGGAGGGGAGGGCAGGCAUUUGUCCUGUUUUUUUUUUUGUCCACCUUGGAGGGGGAGCAGAGCUUGCCUUGCCUGGCCCAGCAGAUCCCCGAGGGGGUGGGUGGCACCUACGUCCUCCACUUCACAGCUAUCUGUUGGAAUUAGGGGGUCCAGCAAAUACCUGUGGCAUCUAAGCCCUUCUCUUUUCCCACCCCACCUCAACCCAGACAACUUUUUAAAUAAAUGAGUAAUAUUUUGUUUUC